UUGUAUAUCAUUAUUUCAAAAAUUCAUAUUUUUCGAUUAAAAACGCAUACCAAUUGCCCUGAUCUUUGAGUUUCUUUGUAUUGCAACAUGGCAGUAGGAAAAGAAAAAUGCUUGGAGAUUUUAAAAGCAAACUUGUUGGUACUGUUGACCUUAGUGGGUGCUGCAGUGGGAUUUAUUAUAGGUGUGGUUGUUCGGAAUACAAACCCAACGGACAGCACACUCAUGUGGGUUGGUAUCCUAGGCGAAAUGUUUCUAAACAUGCUGAAAAUGAUGAUAGUCCCCUUGAUAGUAGCUUCAGUUAUAACAGGAACAGCAACCCUUGACGCUAAAUCAAAUGGAAAAAUUGGCAUAGUGAGUUUUGGUUAUAUAAUGAUUACGAAUUUCCUAGGAUGUUUAGUUGGCAGUUUACUUUGCUUGAUCAUCCGACCUGGUGAAAUCGCCAAAACAGAAGUUAAAGUAUUCAACUCGGUUCCUUUACAAACGGAGGACAUUUUCGCUGAUUUACUGAGAAAUAUUUUACCCGAAAAUUUGAUAUCUGCAACUUUUCGCAAGACACUAACGAGCUAUGAAACAGAGAUGUACAAAGCAAAUGACACUGUAAAUGGGACAAUCGUGGAAGUACUUAAGACUAUGGUGACUGGAAAACAUAUAUCCAGCGCUGCUAGCACAAAUAUUCUAGGUCUUUUGAUUGCCAGUGUUAUAUUUGGCAUUGCCACUGCGUCAACAAAAGAAAUUGGACAACCUUUCUUCAAGUUCUUUUACGCAGCUACUGAAAUUAUCUUGGUGAUUUUAGGAAAAUUAAUUUGGUUUACACCAAUUGGUGUAGCGAGUCUGAUUGGUAAAACUAUUGGAGGAACCAAGAACUUGGAGGAUGAUUUCAGUAGACUUGGUUUAUACAUAGCAACUCAAAUGAUUGGUUAUGCACUCUUCGUGAUAGUAGCAGUUCCAAUUACAUAUUUUAUAUUGAUGAAAAAGAAUCCGUUUAAAUUUUUUUUCACUCUGAUUCAUGCUUUUGUAAUAGUUUUUGCUACUUCUAUGACAGCUUUGACUAUUCCCGAAAGUAUACGACAAUUAGAAGGACCAAACAAAUUAGACCGUAGAGUGACUCGAUUUAUUAUUCCAUUAUCUGCUGCCAUUGGGCGUUGUGGGAGCUGCAUUUACAUUAGUAUAUCGUGUUUGUUUGUUAUGCAAAUCACUGGCCAUGAGGUAGACGCUGCUUCUGUCAUUUUAGUUAUCAUUUUGACGACAUUUUCGUCCUUGGCCAUACCAUCUGUGACAGGGGCUAGCUUGAUUACUGUGAUCAUCCUACUUACAGCACUCAAUAUUCCACCGGAAGCGGCAGCACUCCUUUACACAUUCGAAUGGCUUCUAGACAGGAUGAGAACAAUUACAAACUACAGCGUACAAGUGACAUGUGUAGUGUUUACACAGAGGCUGUGUUUAUCCUCAUUAAAGACUGAUAACAAAGAUGAUGAGACAUUACAAGCACUAAAUGGAAAAGAAAAUGGAAUUCAAAUACCUGAAAUGGCUGACGACGAAGAAUUUUUUAAAGAGCACUCAUUUAAUCAACGCAUUUGAAAUAAAUCUUGGACCGUCUAGUCAAACUCAUAAUUGUAAAUAGGAGUUCUUAAUAAAUAUUGAACCGAAUAUAAGUUUUCUCAAGAUUUAGCACACUAAUCAUAUGUUGCCUUUCAAUAUAUUCAGUGUAUUUGAAAAAAACAUCGCUUAUGCAUUUUUCUUUUAUACUGAAAGAUAAAUGCCUUAAAGUAUCAAGCUUGGUAAAUAUUCAAUAAUAGUUCCAGUCAAAUGUAUAAGUGUUGAUAAAUAAAUUGCACUUUGUUGUUUCUUUCAUGUAACAUA